AUGUCUUGUUUAACUUCAUCACUGGUUGAGUCAUCUCUCCAGAAGUUCAGUCAGCUAAUAUCAUCAGGCCGAUUGACACCAUACGAAGAUGAGGUGGCGUUAGUUUUGUGGCAGUAUGAGCUUCGCCGACUCCGGCGUUGGGCAGAGGAGGCAGAGUGGUGGUCUCUAUACCGACUGUGGGAGGCUCCUGGCAUUGAAGACCAGCUCUUACAUAUCCUACAUCGACUGCAACAAGCUCUUGUCGAUAUUCAGGAUGCCUUGAAUAACAAUACAGCUGAUGUGGCCAUGUCUGCCGAUACCAAUGACAAUGAUGCUGGCAGGACGAAAAUGCAAAUGAUUUAUCUUUCUCUACGUGAGACGAUCAACUGCUUGAACCAGAUAAUGGUCAUUAUUGAGCCUGUGCAUCGACCAUCCUUCGAUCCUACGAUACUAGAGAAUGAAGCUCUCUUAUCCAUUCUACUGCGGGCUCCUGAUCUCAGCAAGGACAAACCAGCGACUCAGCAACUGUUCGCCUUGUGGUCAUACUUGCUUAACACACUGGCACCACUGUAUGACUGCCUUAUCAGAGAACCUCCCCCCGAUCAGGAGAUAUGCAAUGCACUACACAGGAGGUUUGUGCUGACAAUCCUAGCACAGAUGAGUCUGGCGAAGAGAAUUGAAAUGUCUGGUGAUGGGUUGCGAGAUCUCCGUCAGGCAGUGAUCCGGGAAGCACAGAAAGUGCGGCUCAAGGUUGACCAGGUGAGGCUAUUUAGGAUCUGGUGA